AUGUCUUCAAAAGACGGUGAAGACCCCAAAUAUGUCGAUGAUCAGCCAAAUGAUGAGGCUUAUAAAAGAGGUAAUCAAUACAAAUGGUCUAAGGCUCGGAAGGCAGACUAUGACCAACCGUCAACUUCUGAGGACACCAAUAAAAGAGCGAGAGUUGAUAGGGAACCGGCUUUAGAUGAGAAGGGCAAUGUGAUUCCUAAAGAACCUAGACUGCCUAAAAGAAAAGUUGCAGUAAUGAUUGGAUACUGUGGAACGGGUUACCACGGUAUGCAGUACAAUCCACCAAAUCCUACAAUUGAAGCUGAACUCUUUAAUGCCUUUGUCAAAGCAGGUGCCGUUUCAAAGGCGAAUUCUAAUGACCUUAAAAAAUCGGGAUUCAUGAGGGCUGCCCGAACUGAUAAAGGUGUUCACGCGGGAGGUAAUGUAAUUUCUCUAAAGUUGAUCAUCGAAGAUCCUAAUAUCUUGCAGAAAAUAAAUGAUUGUCUCCCUGAGGGCAUUCGUAUUUGGGAUAUUGAGCGAGUCAACAAGGCUUUCGACUGCAGAAAAAUGUGUGGUUCCCGGUGGUAUGAAUACCUGCUUCCCACUUAUUCCUUGGUCGGCCCUAAACCUGGCAGUGCAUUAUAUGAAGAUAUUGAAUCUAGUAAAAUGGAGAAGCCGGGAAUAAUUUCGGAAGAUGAAGAAAGCAUUACGCUUUGGAAAGAGUUUUUCAAGGAAAUUGAUCAAGCAUUUACCCCAGAAGAGCUUACUUCUAUCAAAGAAUAUGUCCCCCCUCCAAGAAGUGAUUUCGACGAAUCUGAUCCAAUAUAUCAGUUAGUAAGAAGAUACAAACAAUUGGAAAACAAACAUCGUCGCGCAUAUCGAAUUUCGGAGCACAAACUAUCUGCUUUUCGUACCGCAAUGAAGCAGUAUUUAGGGCCCCAUAACUUUCACAAUUUCACACUCGGUAAAGAGUUCAAAGACCCAAGUGCAAUUCGAUUCAUGAAGGAUAUCAAGGUAUCAGAGCCAUUCGUAAUCGGAGAGUGUAUGACGGAAUGGGUGUCUAUCAAGAUCCAUGGACAAUCAUUCAUGUUACAUCAGAUACGGAAAAUGAUCUCAAUGGCUACAUUAGUAACGCGUUGUUGCUGUCCACCCGAGCGUAUAUCUGAAUCGUAUGGUCCACAAAAAAUAAACAUUCCUAAGGCACCCGCCUUAGGUCUACUUUUAGAAUGUCCAGUCUAUGAAGGUUAUAACAAAAGACUAGAGGAAUUUGGAUAUCAGCCAAUUGAUUUUAGUAAGUAUCAAGAUAAAAUGGAUUCCUUCAAAAUGAAGCACAUAUAUGAUAAAAUUUACCAGGAGGAGGUUAACGAGAACGUCUUCAACGCAUUUUUCAGCUACAUUGAUAGCUUUAGCAAAGUCACUGGUGCUCAAGGCGACGAAAAUGCUGCAAGUGGUGAGAAAGUGCAAAGAAGUGUUUUUGAUUUCUUGACAGCCAGAGGAAUCAUCGGACAAAAAGAGGUAGCUACAAACGAUGAUUCACCAAUAGGUCAAAAUACAGAUACCGCUGUAGACCGUAAGCAAGAAGCUCCAAAGAAGCCGGCCGAAGGUGAAGGUGUACCCUCACUUUGA